CGGUCGAAUUGAUGACAAUAUUGAAACAAUUGAAAAACGAUUCAAAGUUUUUAUGGAAGAGAGUUUGCCUGUAGUCACGCAUUAUGAAAAAACAGGAAUAGUUCGCAAGAUACCCUCUAACGAAAGUGCUGAUGAAGUUUAUUUAAAGGUUAGGCCAAUUAUUGAAG